GAGAUAAGCUUUGAUUGCCGUCUCACGCGACAGCUGACAGCCGGUGCGUGCCGGCGUCCCGUCACAGGACCCAGGAGCCCCCUCGGAAGCGUCUCGCAAAGCGUCGAGGCACCGCGACGCGGAGCGAGCACGCAGCAGCGGCGAGGCAGCACCGCUCGAGCCGGCUCUGCGACGCCGCCGCGGCAGCGGUGCGCUCAAAACUAGGGCGCAAGCGGACGCCAUCGACGCAGCAGCGAACAAGAGCGAUGUUGUAGAGAGAAAGAGGCCCCCGCGCGCGACCGCCGCUCACCGCCCGCAGGCAAAAUGUCCCAGAUCUCGAAGAAGCGCAAGUUCGUGGCCGACGGCUUAUUCUAUGCCGAGCUCAACGAGCUCCUGACGCGCGAGCUCGCGGAGGACGGCUACGCGGGCGUGGAAGUUAGAGUGACGCCGCUGCGCACGGAGGUCAUCAUCCGCGCGACGCGCACGCAAAAUGUGCUCGGCGAGAAGGGCCAGCGCAUCCGCGAACUCACGAGCGUGGUCCAGAAGCGGUUCCACUUCCAGGACGGCGCCGUCGAAUUGUACGCCGAGCGCGUGGCGAACCGAGGGUUGUGCUCGCAAGCCCAGGCCGAGUCUUUGAAGUACAAAUUACUGGGCGGUUUGGCGGUACGGCGGGCGUGCUACGGCGUCGUGCGGUUCGUGAUGGAGAGCGGCGCGAAGGGCGUCGAGGUCGUCGUCUCGGGCAAGCUGCGAGCGCAGCGCGCCAAGGCCAUGAAGUUCACGGACGGCUACAUGAUCAAGACGGGCCACUCGAAGCGCGCGUACAUCGACGCCGCGGUGCGACACGUGCUGAUGCGCCAGGGCGUCCUCGGCGUCAAGGUGUCGAUCAUGCUGCCCCACGACGCGACGGGCAAGACGGGGCCCAAGGAGCCCCUCGCGGACGUGGUCACUAUUUUAGAGCCGAAGGAGGAGGCGCCCGCGCCGGCGGCGCCCACGUUCGAGGACGGGCUCCAGAAGCCGCCGGCGGCGCAGCCGGGCUAUUAGUUCUGGGGUAAGUCGGUGUUCCCUAAACUUGCGUCGACGACGGCGGCGGCGGCGUUGCGGCGUACGCCAAUGCGCGCGCGCAUCCCAUGGGAUGCGUCGCGGACGCAAUCAAAUCGGGUUUUUCAUGCCUCGUAUAUUGCUGCAAAUAUUCACCAUAACUGCUGUGUUUUCGCCGUUGCGCUUGGUUUGUGCACUCAUACAUCGGUGCUGUUCAGAAUGCUGCGAGCCAUUGCAGCGCUGCUUGCCGCGUCGGGCGCUGCAGGCCUGGUGCCCACAAGACGCAGCGUCGCACGCGUCAUAAACGCGGGCGGAGAGGAAGAUUACGUGAAUCCCGUGACAGAAUUUCUCGGGCGGUUCAUCCCAAAACAGGCGCCGAUUGAGCUCGGCGUGGAUUGGGAUCAACCGAAAACGCCGCUGCCCCUCGGCGAGCUGGUGGGCGCGCUCGACCGCGGCCUGCGGGAGCGCGAGUGGUUCGUGACUGGGAAAGUGCUCCCGGAAUACUUCAGCGAUGAUUUCAAAUUCGAGGACCCGGACGUCUCAUUGACGGGCAUUCAGAACUACGCCGAGGGCGUCGCGCGAUUAUUCGGCGAGGACGCGCGCUGCGAGGUCAUCGCCUGCGCGCCCCGCGGCGAGGAGAUCGCCGUCGACUGGCGCCUCUCGGGUUCCGUGCGCGUCGGGCCCGGCGCCACCAUCAAACCUUAUGUGGUGCACACGACGUUUCGCGUGCGCGACGGGCUCGUCGUCUUCCAGGAGGACGCGUUCUCGAUCCCGGGCUGGCAGAUCCUGCUCGGGGUGUUGCUUCCCGGGCUCCCUAUUCCCGAGCCCGCGCCGCCGGUGGAGGAGCUGCGGCGGCGCGCGGGCACCUAAAAAAAUUCACAUCAUCG